AUGCCCCCAUUCCAUUUCACAGCAAGCAUCCAGUCUACCUCAAUCACAGUACCAGGGACUGCAAGGGGACGAGGGAAAACACCAAUAACAUGGGUUACCCCUGCCACAACACCACCAUCAGACUCUGGCCCUGCCAACCCAUGGCUCACUAACACUCAGGCCAAACAGGAAAUUCUUGGAACUGCGCAGAGAAAACCAGAGGAUUCUGUUACAUGGAGACAACUCCAGAGGGAUGAAGUCAACAGAGGAUUUUGCUAACUCCAGGGCAAGGUCAGGUGCUGCCCUAUACACAACCCAUUCAUUUUAAUGCCUUGUCUAUGAAAUCCACUUCAUUCAAUUUUACCAAUGUCUAUUUAUUGACAUAACACCAGACCUGCUUCUUCCACCCCCCACACUCAGAUCUGGAGAGAGAGGUGAGCAGGCCUCCAGAUGGGAGACAGAAUGGAGGCUGGACACGGAGCGUCUCAGGGCAGAGUCAGAGAGACUGAGAGGCCAGGUAGAGGCACUGAAAGAGACUGCAGGGAGACAGAGGGAGGAGAUGAGGGUCAAAGAAAGCUUUCUGAACAGGCAUUAUACUGGGGUGUAUAAACAGUGACUUAUCAUCAUGGCAUAUACACUGACCAGGUGAAAGCUGUGAUCCCUUUUUGAUAUCACUUGUUAAAUCCAUUUCAAUCAGUGUAGAUGAAGGGGAGGAGACAGGUUAAAGAAGGAUUUUUAAGCCUUGAGACAAUUGAGACAUGGAUUGUGUAUGUGUGCCAUUCAAAGGCUGAAUGGGCAAGACAAAAUAUUGAAGUGCCUUUGAACGGGGUAUGGUAGUAGGUGCCAGGCACACCGAUUUGUGUCAAGAACUGCAACGCUACUGGGUUUUUCACACUCAAAGGACAUCCAACCAAAUGUGAAAAGCAUUGGAGUCAACAUGGGCCAGCAUCCCUGUGGAACGCUUUCGACAUCUUGUAGAGUCCAUGCCCCGACGAAUUGAGGCUGUUCUGAGGGCAAAAGGGGGAGGGGUGUGCAACUCAAUAUUAGGAAAGUGUUCUUAAUGUUUUGUACACUGUGUAAGUAGCCUAGAUGUUACAUUCCUCAUUCAAUAUUGAACAUUUUACUGACAAAUGUGUAUCCUGCUUCUAUUCGAAGUAGGCCUACUUUAAAUAAAGUUUUGCCAGUGAUAUUUCCUCCCUUCUUACAUCCUGUAUUGCAGGCAGAGUCAUGAAAUAGAGGCGAUGUGGUAGGAGUUAUAUACGACUAAGACUGAGCUCAGAUAAGAGAGAGGAAAAAGAGCGACUCAGCACCCAGGUAACAGUUAUUCACAAGAACUCUACGUUUUUUGUAGAUUGUCAUCCCAGCUCACCUUUGUUUUAUGUGUGGUAGUAACUGGGGGAAAGUUCAGUUGGUUUGUGUCUAGCUUGCAGCAACUGUGGCGUUUUUCCUACCAUCAGCAACAAUGGCAUGAUUUAAAAACGGUAUAUUGUCUGUCCAAAAAAAUUGUGUAGAAGCCACGCCAGCUAUGCUUGUAGCCCCAAAUGACUGCAAUUCUGAAUCACUGCUUCACCCCAUUUAUUGGUUAAAUAUAAAUUGUUCCCCAGUGCUGGAAGGGGGGCCUGAGUGAAAAGGUUUGGGAACCCCUGCUCUAAGGAAACACAAGGAAAAAGACAGUUUGUGCUUUAACUGAGAAAGUGUUGCCUGUAGAACAAGGUGUAUCUUGGCUGAUUUAAUAUGAAUGUAUGUUAUGAGCAUAUUUGCAUAUUACUAUAUAAUAAGUAGUCUAUAGUAUUCUAAUCUGAAUUCCUCUAUAGACUCAACUCUGUGAACGACAUAUUGGCCCUACAAGAGGAGGAGAUGGUUGAGAAGGUCAAUUAUUAACAGCACCAUAGCUGAUGUAAAAUCCCCUUAUUUUUGUCAGAGAUUUGAUUAAUAUCCAUUCCCCCAUGUGUGUGACUAUCUAAGAGCUGAGAGGGUUAAGUAAAGGCUUAGUCACGUCCACAGACUCUGUCAAACCCUCUCCUGAAGAAUGGGCCUAAAGGCACUCGGGUUCUGCGCCGCUGGAGAGAGAAGGUCUUCAUGUUGUUGGUCCAGCUUCGCUCAAAGGACAUCGAACUGAGGGGAGAAAAGGACAAACUUCACUCAAUUGUAUGUUCCUUUAAGAGGUUUAUAUAUUUUUUAAACAGACAAAUGACCACCCACUAUGUUCAGUCUAUUCACAGGUGAAUUGUGAUGAGGGACAUUUUCAAAACAUGCAGAAACAUCCAUGAGUCUAUUGUGUGUCCUUUUGUUUCAGAUCUCGUCUCUGGAGCAGGAGGUGAAGAAGGAGAAGUACCAGUCUAGUGUGUUCCAGCAUAGCCUGCAGGACAGAACAGCUGAGCUGGACCUGGAGAGGAUGGCCAGGGAGGUGAGGAGGAACAGUGGACAGCCUCUGUGGGAUUGUCUCAAUGCAUCCCUUCAUAGGAUGGCUCUCCUCCAUUUUGUUGAAACAGGAUGCAUCUGCCAUUGCCACAGGGAGGUGCCAAUUACUUAUGCUGUGUUAGGACAGGAGACGGUGCUGCUUCUCAUGAAAAAUCUGUUACGCACCACCCUUCAGUAUUAAACGCCCACACCAGUAGAAAUCCAUCAUUUUCAAGCUGAAAGACGAUAGCCAAGCUUACCCAUGAUGUUGCACAACGAUUUAAGUAAGUAAGUCAUCGUUUUAGUCAAAGCAUGAUAUAUUUGGGCUUGAAGUGACAUCCGUACUGUGCAAAUUUUUCUCCCCAAUUUUGUGAUAUCCAAUUGCGAUCCAAUUACGAUCUUGUCUCAUCGCUGCAACUCCCCAACGGGCUCGGGAGAGGCGAAGGUCGAGCCAUGCGUCCUCCGAAACAUGACCCGCCAUACAGCGCUUCUUAACACCCGCCCGCUUAACCCGGAAGCCAGCCGCACCAAUAUGUCGGAGGAAACCCCGUCCAACUGAUGACCGAAGUCAGCCUGCAGGUGCCCGGCCCGCCACAAGGAGUCGCUAGAGCGUGAUGAGCCAAGUAAAGCCCCCCGGCCAAACCCUCCCCUAACUCGGACAACGCUGGGCCAAUUGUGCGCCGCCCUAUGGGACUCCCGGUCACGGCCUUAGACCGCUGCGCCACUCGGGAGGCCCCAGGGCUGGGUUUUAUUUUAAUGUUACCACCCACUGCAUUGCAGUUAUUCCCCUUCCCGACUGAGAUGAGCCAAACAGCCUUGUGUCCACUUGGCCCUGAGCCAUGGAGCAAAUUAAAUUAUAGGGGGUGUAAACUUAUGUUUUUGCACCUUAUGUUGUUUUUUUUACUAGAAAACUAUCCAAGUCCGUUGGAUAAUAAGACCAUUUUCACAUUUCUUUUAGCUAGUCUGUAUUAAAAAAAAUACACUACCAGUCAAAAGUUUGCAGACACCUACUCAUUCAAGGGUUUUUCUUUAUUUUUAAUAUUUUUUACAUUGUAGAAUAAUAGUGAAGACAUCAAAAACUAUGAAAUAACACAUAUGGAAUCAUGUAGUAACCAAAAAAGUGUUAAACAAAUCAAAAUAUAUAUUUGUGAAUGUGUAUAAGUAGCCUUUGUCAUUCUUCGGAGGUGGAACCUAAACGUGCAUUUCCUCUCUAGGACAGGAAAUUACGUCGAAAUAAUUGCGGCAACUUCCUCUGGGGGGUCCUUUUAAGAGAAUACACAAAAUCUCUCCUAGAUUUUUUUUUUUACAAUGAUUCAAAUUUCCAGAUGAAAUACUCUGUAAUGAUGAGUAAUGACGACAAAUGAGCGAACAAUUCUCUGAAGACCCAAUUGGACCCUGAAGACACAGUGUGAGAUGACAUUAAGAUACUUUUCAGAAUUUUGACAUUUAACAGUCGAUAUGUAAUCAAAAGGUCACUAUGACCUCAUCAGAGAGGAGACCCUAGUAGUUGUCUGGUGGCGGGGUGUUUUUGAUGCUAACCGUGUUUGUCUGGUCCUGUCAGGCCGUGACGCAGGCUGUGGCCAGGACUCAGAGGGAGAACACAAGCUGGAGUCAGAAGGCUGGGGUUGGACUGAAGACCGUGACAGAGGCUGUCCAGAGGUAAAGAGCUGACAGACAGGUCCACCUGACAACCACUAUACAACAAAAGCUUCGCCUGAGAUAUUUCAGUUGUAGUAGCUGUCAUUUUGUACGUUGGGCACCUAUUAUUUUCCAGACUCAAUCCCAGAUUUCACAGUCCAUAUCACUUCAUAGCAUCUCUUAUAAAAUGUCAAAUGGAACAGGGUGAAUUUGUGUACUACUCCAUCAUAUAAUCGUCAUUUAAUGUAAAAUCUUCUGUUAAAGUACCAGUUCCUCUCUACAGAUUCAGUCAGGUAUUAGAGGCUAAUAUGUCAGAGGUGGAGCCCGUCCAAACACGUCUGAGCAGCUUUGGCAGAGGCUGACCUGCGCCAAAAGAAGAGUGGACACAAUUCAAGGACUGUUUAUAGAUCUGAAAUUAUUUCUCCCCCCAGGAAAUCUGAGAACAGUGGGUUUAAAUUGCGUGUGCCUAUUGAUAAUCCUGUGCACUGUUUUAUUCUGUCUCAGUCUGCUUAGUUUGACCACAUAUUCACUGUACUGUUGUCUGGCAGGACUGAUGAUGAGGAAGGUGGCCCUAUGGAGAGUGCAGCAAGUCCACUAAAGCAGCCAACCCUUUCUCUGAGAGGUAUGAUAACUGACCACACCGGACCACCCUGGCCCUGGGUCUCACUGAACCCAACAGUUAUUAAUGAGGAAAAGGCCUUGCCUUGUAGACCAUUUCCUCAGUUUGUCUCACUACCACUACAUCUCCCAGUGCCUUACUAGUUGUGUUGUCCUCUCUCUCUCUUUUCACAGUGCCUCUGUCAGAGAGCUCCAGGCAGAGCUGGCCUCGGCGUGUGAGGAGAGAGACAAGGUCACGCAGGAGCUCAAGAGAACCCCAGAGCUCAUUGAGAGUGCCCUGGCUGAUGUCCGUGAGCAGUGUAUGUUGUUUAGUCAUCUGUUUAGAGAGAUUCAGUCUUGUAUAAAUUCCUUGUAUCCUGUAACUGUACCUAUAGUAGAUUUGCAUGCACCUUGUCUUUGUAUAUCCUGUCCACGUGGCAGUAGUAAUACUCUGUAUACAGUACACUGUCUGUGUUCCUCUUCCUCUCCAGUCGACAGUGAGGUGAGGCAGCUGAGGCAGGCUGCAGAGCGGAGCAGGGGGGAGGCCCAGGAGUCCCAGGCUGCAAGAGAGGAGGCCCAGCAGAGGCUGCAGGAGGCCCACACACAGCUGGAGGAGAGCAGCCUCAACCUGGAGCAGCUCCAUGCACAGCUGAUUAGCCAACAAGAGACCAGUGACAGAGGUGAGAGGGAAUCCCAUUGUAAUUUAGUUUAUUUUCUAUGAAGAAUGUUCUAUUCAUCAGUUGAAUUUAUCUCUUGAAGUGAUCGAUUUGUUGACAUGUCACACAGUGUACUCUAGUUAUGUUUAGGGCUGACAAGCCUGCAUCUCUCCUUACACCGUCCCUGGUUUUGACCUGUCAGCCUUGCAGGAGAGAGUGUUUGAGACAGAGGAUUGCUGUGCUCAACAGCUGAGAGUGAUGGAGUCUCUACUCAACACGGCAAGAAGAGAACACACCAAAGCAGGUAGCGUAUACAUGACUAACUCAACACGUCUAAACAUACUGUACAUCUCAACGCAGACGGGUGGAAGGGAAAUGUAAAGUGAGAGAUUCAUACAUGCAUCAGCAGAAAUGGUUUACUGCAGUGUAACUAAGAUUGCUGUCUGUGCUUUCUGUUGUAGUGCUGGCCCUGUGUCAAUUUGAGAUACAGGCAGAGGGAGAGAGGGAGCAGGAGAGAGAAGCACAUUGCCUCCAGAGUGAACACACAAAGAGGGAAAUCCAGGAUCUACAGAAACUACUUCAGGACAAGGACAGAAACCUACAUUUGGUAAGUUCAUAGUGUCUUGGUUUAUUGUAAGUCAUCCACGGACCCUCCGGCUUCACUCACGUACAUUCCGAAAGCUUGUUCGCAGAAAGAAGCUAAGAAGGCGUAAGGGUGGGGGACCAACUCAAUAUACUGUAUGACUAAAACCAAAUCGAAACUGUGUAGAAAUGAUAAUGGACCACCAUUCAUACAGUUUCUUGACUGUGUACAGCCCUACAGAUUAUUUUUGGCAAAUGUUGACGGCGAGGAAAUAUAACCUUGGCCCUCGGCAAAAUGGUCUAGAUGGAAACUAGUGACGUGUUGCUACUAUCAAACCAACCAUAUAUUUUGCAUGGCUGGAGCUCUGAACAGAGGGGGUGUUUCUGAAAUAUUUUUUGACUUCGAACAAGCAAGCUAACAUAAGAUACAAAAUAUUACGCUGCAUAGGCUAUUAGACCUUUGUCCGCCGUGGUAGGAAAAGAGGGACGGACAGAACAAGAAAAAUGAAAAACACAUUUUUCUCCUGAGGGGGAACGUCAUUUUCUACUCAGAGCCAAUCAAAUGCUAGGGUUGAAUGCCAGCGCUUCCAUUUAAAUGCAAAAGAGUCAACAAGACGGGAUUUGGAAGGAUGGUCCCAUGAGACUAAUUGCAAGUUUACCAUGUUAAGAAAUGUUCUGCUAUUGUUUUGUGAAACUGACAACUUUCAAGAUACAUUUUUUAGGUUUGUAUAAUUAGUGUCCCCAGGGGACAGUGCGUGAGAGGGGUCUGAUGAGUGAGUAUGAGGCAGCUCGGACCACAGCCCUGCAGACUUCUGUGGCCUUGGAGGAGCAGCAGAGACCCUCAGGGAAGAGCAACACUCUGAAAGCCAAAGACAAGCCACAGACCAUAGGUAACUUCCACCUACACACCAUUUUGUCACAUUACCUCUUCAUAUGAAUACCGUCUUGUAUUAUAUAAUACAAGUACAGUGCCUUAGCAAAGUAUUUAUACCCCUUGACCUAUUCCACAUGUUGUUGUGUUACAGCCUGAAUUCAACAUUGAUUAAAUAUAUUUUUAUCACCCAUCUACACACAAUACCCCCAAAGUGAAAAUGUUUUUAUACAUUUUUGCAAAUGUAUUGAAAAUGAAAUACAGAAAUAUCUCAUUUACAUAAGUAUUCACACCCCUGAGUCAAUACAUGUUAGAAUCACCUUUGGCAGUGAUUACAGCUGUGAGUCUUUCUGGGUACGUUUCUAAGAGCUUUGCACACCUGGAUUCUUCAAGCUCUGUCAAGUUGGUUGUCGAUCAUUGCUAGACAGCCAUUUUCAAGUCUUGCCAUAGAUUUUCAAGCUGAUUUAAACUGUAACUAGGCCACUCAGGAACAUUCAUUGUUGUCUUGGUAAGCAAUUCCAGUGUAUAUUUGGCCUUGUGUUUUAGGUUAUUGUCCUUCUGAAAGGUGAAUUUGUCUCCCAGUGUCUGUUCAAAAGCAGACUGAACCAGGUUUUCCUCUACGAUUUUGCCUGUGCUUAGCUCUAUUCCAUUUAUUUUUAGCCUAAAAAACUCCCUAGUCCUUGCCGAUGACUAACAUACCCAUAACAUGAUGCAGCCACCACCAUGCUUGAAAAUAUGAAGAGUGGUAUUCAGUGAUGUGUUGUGUUGGAUUUGCCCCAAACAUAACGCUUUGUAUUCAGGACAUAAGGUUAAUUUCUUUGCCAUUUUUUUUUGCAGUUUUACUUUAGUGCCUUAUUGCAAACAGGUGCAUGUUUUGGAAUACUUUUAUUCUGUACAGACACUCUGUCAUUUUAGGUUAGUAUUGUGGAGUAACUAUAAUGUUGUUGAUCCAUCCUCAGUUUUCUCCUAUCACAGCCAUUAAACUCUGUAACUGUUUUAAAGUCACCAUUGGCCUCAUGGUGAAAUCCCUGAUCGGUUUCCUUCCUCUCCGGCAACUGAGUUAGGAAGGACGCCUGUAUCUUUGUAGUGACUGGGUGUAUUGAUACACCAUCCAAAGUGUAAUUAAUAACUUCACCAUGCUCAAAGAGAUAUUCAAUGUCUGCUUUUUUUUAUGUAUCUACCAAUAGGUGCCUUUCUUUGCGAGGUAUUGAAAACCUCCUUGGUCUUUGAAUCUGUGUUUGAAAUUCACUGCUCGACUGAGGGAGCUUACAGAUAAUUGUAUGUGUGGGGUACAGAGAUGAGGUAGUCAUGAAAAAACAUGUUAAACACUAUUAUUGCACACAGAGUGAGUCCAUGCAACUUAUUAUGUGACUUGUUAAGCACAUUUCUACUCCUGAACUUAUUUAGGCUUGCCAUGACAAAGGGGUUGAAUACUUAUUGACACAAGACAUUUCAACUUUAUAUUUUUUAUUAAUUUGUAAAAAUGUGAAAAACGUAAAUCCACUUUGACAUUAUUGGGUAUUGUGUGUAGGCCAGUGACACAAAAUCUCAAUAUAAUACAUUUUAAAUGCAGGCUUUAACAAAACAAAAUGUGGAAAAAGUCAAGGGGUGUGAAUACUUUCUGAAGGCACCAUUUAUAACAUGUAUAACACAUAAAACAGAAUGAAACUGUAAUUUGACUACAGAUAACAUAUAUCUAUAGACACAUAGUAGUAACCAUUGAACUGUUCUGUGUGUUCCCUGUUAGACUCACUGCUGUCAGUGUUGGGGGACAUCCAGACUCUGAGUGCUGCAGUGGUCCUCAGCUCAGAGGACAAUGUAGAGGAGGAUGGUGGAUGGGGUGGGGCGCUGCAGAGACAAAAGAGACAACUCACUAAAGUGACCUUCCGCAAAAAUUACUGGGAACCUUUUUGCUUUCACUGCAUGUUUUGAACAAUCCAUUUCUCUUUUGAGAUUGAACUUUUCAAGUCUCAAAUCUUUGUUUUUGACAUUCUAUUCCAUAUUUAUGUAGCUCAGACUCUUUAUAAAAUGACACUGUCGACACAACAGCAAUGUUCCCAGUUUGAAGGUGCAUGACUUGAGGUCUUGAUUGGCCAAGAUGAAAUGCAUUGGAUAGAUUUGUUUGCGUUUGUAAGAUUUCAUGGAUCUUCUUAAUAUUAAUUGCCGCUGAAAAGUAAAGUAAUGCCCUCUAGCUUAUACCAGUGAGAGUUACCAUUCCUCACCUUUGGCUGGCAGGCUACGGCCAGGGGAGAAGCUGACAGACUGAUGAGUUCAUAUAAGGUAGGCGGGCAUGUGGCCUGUGCUCUCAGUCUAAUCAAUAAGUCAAUGGGUUUUCUCCCAGGGCCUCACAGCAAGGAGGAGCAUGACAGGAAAAUCAAAUGAAUGGAUAGCCUCGUUCAAAACCGCAUGCUGCCUUCCACUGGAGAAGACUAAAUAACAGGCUGAGUUAUGACCCUAAGUGCUCUGAACUGUAGUACUGGAGACAGGAGAUUGACCUCUGCUGAUGGUUCUGUAGUCUUGCUAUUGGUUGUGUUUAUAAAGACAUGAAUCAGCAUCUUCUUUGACAAAGUUGUGUAUUGUUUUGUGUGAUGACAUAAUGUGCUAAAUUAUAUUGAUAUUUAAAACUUUCAUUGUGUUUUGAAAGCACUUAGAACCUAAAAAGCAUUUCAUGAAAAUUAGGACUGUCUGUCUGUCCUCCAUUAGGAAUGGAGAGGUCAUGACAAUAAAUAACUCAUUCCAGAGAAUCAGGAGCAGAUUGUGAGAUGUUUAGAUGGCUUUUACUUAAAGUGACCUCUGAAUUCACAGCCAAUCAGCAGUUGCCAUCGUCUGGUUAUUACUGUAAAUGGAAGUCAGGCCUAACUGUAAAAGAGAUGUUCAAUUUAGUGAUUAGAUUUAGUGUUAUGAAAGUAGCUAUGUCCCUUUCUAAGUUAAAUUGUAUAUCCAUUAUGAAGCUGCACUAGCUGGCUAAAGGGGUGACCAACCAGAAAAACAACCUGAACUGCAGAAGAUAAAAAUACACAGGUUUAUGUAAGCAUUCAUGAUUAUGAUGAGAAAUUGACUUCAUUUAAUUUGUGUAGCCCUAGUUCCUGAUUGUGUCCCUUGCUAUCAGCUUUUCUUGUUUUCAUUUUACAGAACACCAUUAGUGUCAUGACAUUUAUGCAGCACUAA